AUGAACGAAGAGUUGGAUCUGAAGUAUUUCGAUCUGAAUGACAGCAAAAAGUUGUUUCUAAGAAGUGAUUACUCGACUGAGAGCUCGUCGUCCGACCGCUUGGACGACAUGGAUGUCAUGGAACCGAUGGAUCGCAUGGACUCACAGCUAACCCUAACCGGCGAUAAGCCGUCGUCUCGUAAACGAAGGAAAACCGUUUGUUAUAAACACUUAUCCGACUGUUCCUCACGUGUGAAGAAGCGGAUGAUGAAUGACAAUCGGCUGCCGACUGACCAUCAGAUCCAACAACAACAGCAACAGCUCCACAGCCAAGACUUAGUGGACACGAAUGCCUCGGACUUAGAGCUUUCGGGACUCAAUUGGGAUGAAAUGCAAAAUCAGAGGAUUGUGGCGAAUGUCAGGGAAAGACAACGGACUCAGUCCCUGAAUCAGGGCUUUUCACAGCUCAGGAAAAUUAUUCCUACCCUUCCGUCCGAUAAAUUAAGCAAAAUACAGACUCUUAAGUUGGCCUCACGUUACAUACAGUUCCUCUACCAGGUUUUGCGAAAAGAGGAGCCAAUAGACAGCCGUUUGGCGACUGCCUGUUCAUAUGUGGCCCACGAAAGGCUUUCCUAUGCCUUCUCUGUCUGGCGAAUGGAA